AUGUCAUCGAAAAACAAUAUUGAAAAGUGGUUGCUAACAGAUUGGAGUACGAGUCGCAGCAACACUUCUGGAUCUAAAUUCAAUGGAGAUAUGAAGAAUCUAGCUAUUACUGCUGAUCGGAACGAAAGCGGCAAAGAAUCGGAAAGGAAGGAUUAUGCACACGCGCGAAGAUCAGCAGCAAGUACCGGUAACAAUGAUUCUGGCGCUGGGGGUAGUUUACCUAAUGAAGAGCAAGAUUUUUCACCAAGCGCUUCAUCUUGGGAGCCCACCGACGAAAGUUCUUCAGAUGAAUCUAAUGAUGAGGUAGAAAAUAAGAACAAAAACAAUGGGAUGCAACAAUACCUCCGGCAAUUACUCGUAAAAAAGCGGCACAGUAAAAAAGAGUUAACACCGGUGCACAGACCUAACGCCGUAGUUAAGGUUUUACAAGAACGACAAAUGAAUAACAAUCACAACAAAAGUAAACCUCGCAAACGAAAGUACAGAGAAACAGUGACGCAGGCAUCGAAGAAAUUUUUCCCAGAUUCUACGAGAAAAAAUAUGCCCCCACCAAGUAUUAAAGUGAAAAAUGAGAACGAGACGGUCGAGGUAAAGUUAAAAGAUAUAAUUGAAAUCAAUACAACGUUCCAAGAAUUGUUUAGAAUACUGAGGGAGCUGCAGCCAAAGAAGCAAUCUGUUAAGAGGAUCUUUUACGGCAAAUACGUUGAAGAGAAGGAAAAAAGUAUUGACGAUCCACCGCUGAGCCCGAGGAGCGAGGAAUCUAAUCGAUCAGAUGAUAACGUAUUAAUCACGAAUAAAUAUAAAACAGUGCAAACGAUUAACAAUGAGAAAAAGGCAAAAGAUAAAGCUCAACAAGAAUGGGUACCCAUCGGAAGCGGCAAAACCCUGAUUCACAAGGAUAAAUAUAGGAAAGUUAAUUGGAAGUCUUACACCAUCGCAACAAGGACUCUACUACUAGCAUCGUUUCCGAGACGGAUUCUAGCAACACAUUCAUUAACCGGAAAGCGAUCACCCGCCUUCCAAAAUAAACCUGCGAAGAUGUGCUUGGAUCCGAAAAUCGUUUCCGAUGUUAUUAUUGAAAUAACAUCGCGAUUUAACGUGAAAGAAAAUUUAGUCAGGAGCAUUAUUACGACGAAAUGUGCCGAUGAAGCGAAAAUGCUUAAAAUGAGAAUUGAAAGUAGAAAGAAGAAUACCAAGAAUACACGUCAGCCGUCUAGUGACAGUGAAAAUGUUUCCCUGAAAAGUUUAAAAAAGGAAUUGAGAGCAGAAAACAAAUGA